CUGAAAGUUGAUAUCUGUUACUUUAUUUUAUUAUCCAAUCACCACAAAUUGGAAUUUGAACUAUUUUACCAAAGCAGAUAUUAGCCACAAUCUAAAAAUUGAAUUGAAUCACAGCAGUUAUUUGAUAUACCAAAAUGAGGAAACUAAUUCGCAUCUGCAGCAAAAAUUAUCGUGUGUCGUAUGCCGUUCAACAAAAUAUUAGGACGUUUUCAAGCUCGAGACAAGCCUAUCAGGUAGGUGACCUCGGCGUGGGCCAGCGUGAAGAGCUCGCGUGGCGCGAGGUGGUUUCCGAGGCUGAGCAGAUCGUCGGCUACCCGACCUCUUUCCUCAACCUGCGCUGGCUGUUUAACGACGAGAUAGCCAACACCGCCAUCCAUUUGAGGAAGUUGGUUGGCACCAACCAUCCUCUGCUCAAAUCAGCAAAAAAUCUACUAAUUGGUUCCAAAAGCAACCUCCAAUCCGUUGGCCUGAUCAUCCUCCUCGUUUCCAAAGCUGCUGGCUUCAAGAGUCUAGAUUACACCAGAGAUCAGUACGAGUCAGGAGUGCUGCACGCUCAGAGGGCGCUGGCCGAGGUUGUGGAAAUGAAGCGGACAGGCCACGUGAUACACAAGACCAUGGUCAACCUUCAAGAGAAGCAGAAGCAGGGAGAUAAAUACAAUGAUCUGUUGUAUGGGAAUAAGAUUGUGUUGUUGACAGGUGACUAUCUUCUGGCGCAGUGUCUUCAGCAUUUAGGUGGUUUGCGUAACAACGAAGUUACUGAGCUCAUAUCUUCAGGACUGAGGGAUCUGGUUGAAGGCGACUUCUUUGGAGAACAUGAUAAGGAUAACAAUCCAUUACCGACCCAGCCCAAAGGUAGCAACGAUGUCAUCGGUCCAUACGACUGGGAGAACGAGGACAACCUGCAAAAACUCGGCUCGAAUGAUUACCUCGGGCAAGGCAAGGACGAGUGGAUGCUGAGAACAAUGCUAACUUCUGGCAGCAUCCUUGGCAAGGGCUGCCAGGCUGCCAUGAAGCUGGCAAAACGUGGCGAGCAGAUGGAACGCGACGCGUACAUCCUUGGCGGCCAUUUUGCAAUACUCUGGCAGUUGUAUUUGGACGUUAAAGAGUUCUUUACCCACCCGUAUUCGUACUCUUUAGUUGGCGCGCCAGUGAUCUUAGCUCUGUGGGAGUAUCCCACGAUCUAUGGUCACAUAUUGGAGGCGAAGUUAGAAAAGAAACCUGUGGAGUUCAAACAGCUGUACUACGCAGUAAGGAGUACGAGGUCUAUGGAAUAUUUGUCUAUGCUUUUGGAUGUAGAGUUUGCGACGAUUUUGAAGUAUAGUGAUAAGUUUCCAAUAGAGGAUGCAAGGUUGGCGCUGCAGAAGAUGGCUAUGACCGUUCACAGUGAAGCUUUGGAGUAUAUUGAGAAAUGAAUAGAUGUUUUAUUUUUA